GAUGUUGACCUUAUACAUAAGUUUGGGUUUCAUGCUUAUCGAUUCUCUCUAUCAUGGUCUCGAAUUUUUCCUGAUGGUUUGGGAACCAAAGUCAACGAUGAAGGGAUUGCUUUCUAUAACAAUCUCAUUAAUGCUCUUCUUGAAAAGGGUACUUACAUCCUCUCUAUUAUGGAGACUACCCUCAAGUUAUGCGUGAAAAACUUGGAAACCGACUUCCCAAGUUCUCAGAGGAAGACAAAGAGUUGCUUAGGAACACAAUGGACUUUGUUGGCCUGAAUCAGUAUACAGCAAGGUUUAUUGCUCAUGCAACAGAUGGUCCUGAAGAAGUCAAUUUCUAUAAAGAUCAACAGAUUGAAAUAAUUGCUCAAUGGGAAGGAGGUGAGAUGAUUGGCGAGAAGGCAGCUUCAGAGUGGCUCUAUGUUGUGCCCUGGGGCAUACGGAAGGUUUUGAAUUACAUAGCUCAGACAUAUAAUAAUCCCACGAUAUAUGUGACUGAAAAUGGUAUGGAUGAUGAAGAUGACAGUAGUUUGACUCUCCAUGAAGUGCUGGAUGACAAAUUGAGGGUUCGCUAUUUUAAGGGAUACCUUGCAGCAGUUGCUCAGGCUAUCAAGGAUGGAGUAGAUGUCAGGGGUUACUUUGCUUGGUCACUAUUGGACAACUUCGAGUGGGCUCAAGGCUAUACCAAGCGCUUUGGUAUGGUUUACGUGGAUUACAAGAAUGGUCUCACCCGGCAUCCGAAAUCUUCUGCAUAUUGGUUCUCAAAGUUCUUGAAAGGCGGUGAGAAUAAAGCUGGCAAAGAAAACUAGAUCCCUAUAUAUAGAAGUGGAUCCUCUUCCUCUUGCUCAAAUCUGGGUUUGCAUAUAUGAUGAAGCUUGGUAAUAAGGUAGUUGGAGAUGAUGCAUUAGGUGAGUUUGUGGAUCAUGUGGAUUGUAGUACUCCAUGGGGAUGCCACUCUUUCUCUAUGUGGCACUUAUUGUGUGGUCCAAAUUAAGCGCUUGGGAAAACUAUGUAUUAUCACAAUAAUAUUGAGUACUUCUGCUAUCAGAAGAACAUCAUAUUAUAUGAAUAGUUAUAUUAUUAUGGAUGUUUGUGGAUCAUGUAGAUUGUAGCCAAAACUUAAAAACAGGGAUGCCACUCUUUCUCUUUGUAGCACUUAUUAUGUGGUCCAACUUAAGCACUUGAGAAAACUUUGCAAUAUCAUAAUAACAUGUAGGAUUGUCG